AUGUUAUCUUACACUGAAAAAGUACAGAAAAAGUUAAGGAGACUCAUAGAGAGAAAGAGAAGACACAAAGCGUCGAAGCCGGAGUACGAAGUGCGCUCAUCGUACCCGCUGCGCGAAAACAUCUGGGAAUAUCUACAAGACGAUAAAGGGAUUUGCGACUUCGCUCGCGCCAAAGGAAAAACCGCCAGAAACUACAGCAAACAACCCAAAUGCGGACACAAAAGACGCGGAAAAAACUUUCUCAAAUUACUCAUAUUUUCCCUCUUCGCCGCGGCGUUUACGACUGGUAUAGAUUGCAGGACGUCUGUGGAGGCGGAAUGCUGCCACCGGUUGUUGCACUUAGCAGUGGAAUUGUCUCGCGCUCAUCGAGCACUCAGACGCACAACGCUUCUGCGUAGAGCUUUCUUGAUGAGGUCAAAAAAUACACCAGAGUUCAGUGACGGCGAAAGUGUAACGCGAAGGGGCCACGUCGAGGGGGUGAGGGCUUCAAAAGGCGGCAACACUGUGGAAUGGGGUGGGAGAGUUGCUCUCUGGGGGGUCAUACCACUCUGGCGCGACGCCCCCCCACCAGACACUGUACUGGCGCGGCGAACGCCCAAGCCCUCCGACUGCUGGCCUUUCAGCGGAUCAUACGGCGAAGUUAUUAUCGAGUUAGCGCAUAGAGCGAGGUUGGACUAUAUCGGCGUCGAACACGUGCACCCCGACACGGCCCGCAGCGCACCUAAGAACUUUGUCGUUUACAACUUACUCGAGAACAACACGCGGCUUGAAACCGCGCGUGGUACUUACAUAUACAAUAUGGCACCCAAACAAUACUUUUCGCUGAGCGACAGGGGCUUACCGGUUAAAAGUGUUGCAUUCAGAGUUCUCUCUAAUCAGGGAAACCCGAAGUAUACUUGUAUAUAUAGAAUACAUUUGUACGGAAGUGACGUUGACGAGCAAACCAUUGUUUUG